AAUGUUGGAUGGUUAAUAUUCAAUGGCGCUAAGAGGCCUCACGAAGGGAAGAUCAUUGUUGUAGCUGAAUCUGUCUAUGUGAUUUGGCCUUCUCUUAAUAUUUAUUUAUUUCAGUUGGAUUUUGUUUUUUAACUUAAAAUGAGCAAACGUCGUGCAGAUUCUACAUCUGGGAGUGGUAGUGGAGAUGGAAGUAGUAGUAGUAGUAGUAGUAGCAGCAGUAGCAGUGAAUCGGAUGCCGAGUCGGGCCUGGUGACUUCACCAAACAAACGCCAACGUACUGGGGUAGCUGCAAGCAGUCCACCACCAAAGUUGAUAGCAAAUGAUUCAGAUUCAGAAACAUCAGAUUCAGAUGAUGAUUGGGAUGCUAGCGGUAAAAAGAAAAAACCCAAAAAGAAAAAGGCAAAAGUAAGUGCUGGGAAGAUGAGUCGAAAACCAUCCGGUGGAAAUGAAAGCCAUUCUGAUCCUGAAGAAGGGGAAGUUUCAGACAACUCUGAUUCAGAUGGUGGGGCCAGAAAGAGUGGGAGCUCCAGUAGCUAUUCAAGUUCUGAAUCUGAAGAAGAAUUUAAUGAUGGGUAUGAUGAGAACCUUAUGGGAGAUGAUAAUGACCAAGCGCGUCUUGCCUCAAUGACAGAGAAAGAAAGAGAAGAAGAGCUGUUUAACCGAAAUGAAAGGAGAGAAGUUAUGAGAACAAGGUUUGAAAUUGAAAAGAAACUUAAAGCUGCAAAACGUAAAGAGCAACAUAAGAAAAAAUCAUCACACAAAGGAAAAAAAGAAAACAAAGACAAAGGGAUGUCCAAGGAAUGGGGCGAUAAAGAUCUCGAUAAGGAUGUUAAGGAGAGAAGUAAAGAACGGAAAAAGACCGUGGAAGAGAACAAAGGAAAAACAGACAAGAAAGCUCAAGCAAUGACCGCCUUGAAAGCUAGACGCGAAGAAAAGAAAGAAAGAGAGGAAAAGGAGAAACAACGCAUGGAAGAUCGUAAGAACGAUGAUAAGGACGGAGACCUCGACGGUGUCUCUGCCGAUGCCAAUAAGAAGAAAUUGAAAGCAUCUGACGUCUACUCCGAUGAUAGUGGCUCAGAUUCCGACACGGGGUCUGAUUUUAGCACUGAAAAGCACGGUGCAGCCAACAAAUCUUCGUUUCCUCCGUCGACCAAACGGCAGCAGAGCAGCAGCAGUAGCAGCAGCAGUGAUUCUGAUGAGGAUGAAAAAAGUAACAAGGCUAAGAAGCCGGUUUUUGUUGAAACCAAAGAGCAAUUGGGGCGAAUUCGCCUAUCCCGUCACAGACUGGAAAAGUGGGUCCAUGCCCCCUUCCUCAAACGAGCUGUUGUCGGUUGCUUUGUCCGAAUUGGUAUUGGUAUGAACAAUGGUAGAUCAGUCUACCGCAUUGCCGAAAUCAUUGAUGUAUGUGAAACCGGUAAAGUCUACCAGCUUGGCCCGACAAGAACAAAUAAAGGAUUGCGCCUCAGGCACGGUGCUCAAGAGCGAGUUUUUCGACUAGAAUUUGUUAGCAAUCAAGAUUUCAGUGAUUCAGAGUUUAAAAAGUGGAUGGAUGAUUGUAACACUCAGGGUACAUCUCCUCCCACCUUAGAAGACAUUCAGAAGAAGCUAAAUGAUAUAAAGGAAGCUGCCAAUUUUGAAUUCAAUGAAGAUGACAUCAAUCAGAUGUUAGAAGAAAAAGGCCGUUUCCGAAAGACACCUUAUAACUAUGCCAUGCGCAAAAAUCAACUUAUGAAGGAAAGGCAAAUUGCCCUUAUAAAAGGAGAGGAGGAAGAAACGGAAAGAAUCACCAAGGAAUUGGCUGAGCUAGAAGAAAGAGCAGAUGAAUUGAGCAAACGAUCUCUUUCAUCGACGUUAUCGUCGAUUUCUUUUAUCAAUGAGCGUAAUCGCAAACGUAAUGUUGAAAGAGCGGAAGAAGCUAUUCUGGAGGAGAUUCGAGCCAGUGGGGGCCAGAAAACGGAAGAUCCGUUUACGCGUAGAAGCACGAGACCAGGAAAGUCGGGAAGUUACCGUCCAAAUGGCGAUAUACUACCAUCUACGACUGAAGUUCUUUCUGCUCCAACAAGCAAGGCUCUAGAAGGCCAAGCUGCUGCAUCAAAUCAUGAAAAUAGAACAGAAUCAAAGGACAAGGUGAAAACUCUUAUUGCAAAACCAAAAACAAGUGAUUUGUUUUCUGCACAUGAUUUUGAUAUCAAGAUAGAUCUGGAGGUCCCCCUUCCAUCCCAACCAGUUGUUGUUACCCCGAAACCAGUUGCAAACCUGAAAGAAGCACCUCGUCGUUCCCUCAACUUAGAAGAUUACAAGAAAAAGCGUGGAUUAAUUUGAACUAGAAAAACCGUUUACUCAUAUUGACUUGCAAACCAAUAAGCUGCAAAAUUUAAUACCUUAACACAUUCAGGGUGUGAAAAUGCAAAGCAACAAACAAAUCAUCUUUGUAUUCCUCUGAUAGUGCUAAUUAUGUAUAAUACAUUAACCCAAUACACAACCUGGCUGAUGUCAUGUAAUA